AUGGUUGACGAAUACGAAAUGCAAGACCUCGCAGCGCCAAAGCACCAGCAAUCAGCAAAGGACGACGAUUCGACAGUGCUCACCUGGUCCUUCGCCUGCUCUGCCCUACUCACCAUAGCCUCUGGAACACUCGUACUAUCGCCCCGGCUCCUCCUCUUCUUUGCCUCCGAACACCGCGAGCUCACGUCCUUGGAAUCAUUCCUUAUGGUCCACUUUGGCAUUUGCCUCUUCGCUGUGGCUCUCGCCUUGGUUCUCAACCAUUCCCUUCUACUCCCACUUACCUUGUGCUCCUUCAUCUCGUCGUUUCUCUCGUACAACACGACAGAUGUUGGUUCUCUCGCCACACUGGCCUCUGUGGCGGCUGGUGUCAUCGCCAUCUGGGGUCUUUGGAUCCUCGUUUUUGGGAAUUCCUCUUCGAUAUCCAAGACCACCGGUGCCGAUAAACAUACCUCCUCAUUCAUUUUUGGCAACACAUCUUCCGCGUCCGCCCAGAAGAAGAGGUGGAAGAGCAAUCAUUCUUAG